UGUGCGGUUAAUCGAUCGUUGCAUUUUUCCUCUGUUAAACUCUUUGAAAAGAAUCGCAUAGUCACUGAGAAUCCAUGGAUUCUUCUUCCACGAAACAUUUUCUCGUCGUCUAGGGUUUUGCUUUGCAUCGUAGAAUCACUGUCUUCAACAUUUGUAGCUUUUAUCUCUUUUCUUGGAGAUCACGCACUGAUUCUUGGUACAGUUUUCGAUUUAACCUUCUCUAGACUCAUUCACGAUCUCGUGGGAAGGGUGUUCGUGAUAGAACUCGAGGGACCCGCCUAUACAUGCAUAGAGUGCCACACACACAUCGGAGUCCCCAGUGAUAUCAUCUCUAAAGAGAUCGAGGAAGUUUUUGACAUCCAUGACAAUGACAUCAUAUAUGACUUCAGUAGACUCUUCAAUACGUUUCUGGCUGAAAACACGUUCUAUUCUGCUUUGCAAAGUAUCUUUUGUGUCGGUUGUGCUAAUAUCAUUGGCAUUUAUAACAUAAGCCAAGUUGAUGAGGGUGGUCCGACUACUUACUGGGCUAUGAGGAAGAGACUCCAUGGACCAGAAGGAAGCGAUGAUGAGGUUUAGGAGUUGGUAUGUGUUCACAAAAAGACAAUUUGAAGUAGAAAGUAUAUGUUUUUGAAUUUCAUAUUACUUUGUAUAG